AUAAACCCCUUUACCCUAGCUAUUUUCUCCAGGGGUUGAGCUGAGCGAGAGGAACACAAUGGCGCUGGAAGACAGUCGUCGAUCCAGUGCGCUGCCAUCGUUCCUCUACAAGAGCAAGGGAUUCAAGGCGCCAGCUCCGGCGCCAGCACUAGUUCCCGCCGCGGAGCCGCGGAUCAAUGGCGGCGGCGGCGGCGCUCUCCAAUCUUCCAGGUUUCUCAUCCCAUCCCCAGACGAGUCGAAAAAGAUCGCGAUGUACUCGCCGGAAUUCUAUGCGGCGUGCACUGUCGGGGGGAUUCUUAGCUGCGGCCUCACUCACACGGCCGUGACGCCUUUGGACAUGGUCAAGUGUAAUAUGCAGAUCGAUCCCGCCAAGUAUAGAUCUAUCGGCAGUGGAUUUGGGGUUUUGUACAAGGAGGCUGGCCCCAAAGGUUUGUUCAAGGGAUGGGUUCCGACGCUGUUCGGAUACAGUGCGCAGGGAGCUUUCAAGUUUGGGCUCUACGAGUUCUUCAAAAAGUACUACUCGGACUUGGCCGGAGAGGAGAAUGCGUACAAGUACAAGACUUUCAUUUACUUGGCCGGAUCUGCCUCUGCCGAGUUCUUCGCCGAUAUUGCGCUGUGCCCGAUGGAGGCCGUCAAGGUCCGGGUCCAAACCAAGCCCGGAUUCGCUAAUGGGCUUCUCGAUGGCCUGCCAAAAAUCACGAGGGCUGAGGGCGUUCCUGGACUUUACAGAGGACUGGUGCCUCUCUGGGGACGCCAAAUUCCAUACACGAUGAUGAAGUUUGCAUGCUUUGAGGCCACGGUCGAGGCGCUUUACAAGUACGUUAUUCCCAAGCCCAAGGACGAGUGUAGCAAGGUGGAGCAGCUGGGUGUUAGUUUUGGUGGCGGUUACAUUGCUGGAAUUUUUUGCGCUAUCGUCUCGCACCCUGCUGACAACCUUGUCUCGUUCCUCAACAAUACCAAGGACGCAACCAUUGGCCAAGCCGUCAAGAGCAUGGGCCCGGUGGCUCUCUUCACCCGGGGGCUACCGCUGCGUAUCGUGAUGAUUGGAACACUCACUGGAGCACAGUGGGGAAUCUACGACGCCUUCAAAGUCUUCGUUGGACUGCCGACCUCUGGAGGAGUUUCGAAAGCUCCCGAGCAGCUAACCACGCCGCUACCACUUCCCUCCGCCUAAGGGCAAAGGAUUCUUUUAUGGCGAGACGAAAGAAAGGACCAAGUUUUGCUCUUCAUACCCCCCCACCCCGGAUAACUUAUUGAUGAUGAACCUUUUGAAUACUCCUAUAUAUUGAUCAUAUUGGUGCAUUGUUUGGUAAUAAAGCAAGAGUCUUCUUAAUUGGUU